AUGGAAGUCGUCGGGGCGGUAGCAAGCUUCAUAGCCAUAGGCCAGGCUUUAAGCACUGCUCGCCAUGUCGCUCACAUUGCCCGAGCGAUCCCAGGGGUCGAGGAUGAGAUGAAGUGGCUUCGUAAUGAGGUCGAAGCUUUGAAAUUGAUCAAAGAAGAACUCGUUAGAGCAGGAGUCAUUGCCAAUGACUCAAAAUGCGAAACACUGUUCCUAGCAAAGGCCAUGCUUCAGCUUACAGAAUCCACAAAAAGCCUCGAAGAAAUCCGAAUACGCUGCAUCCGAUCACCGAGUGCCGACAACAAAGGCAAGGUCAAAAAGAGAGCCUGGUUCUGGCUGCAGGCCGAGCUCUCCGAUUGUCGAGGCAAAGCGCGAGAAGCCAGGGAGAACCUCCAACUUGCGCUCCAAACCAUAAAUGCUCAAUCUAUCACGUAA